AUGGAUGAAAGCAUAAAGAACUCCCCUUGUAAGGAAUGUAGUGAUGGUGAGGCACAAUUGGGCAAAGAAGUGGAGCAUUUGAGGGCUCACCUUGCUGAGCGUGAUGCACAUUUUGUAGCCCUUGAAACAGAAUUCUUCAAGUGUUCCUCUAGAGCUAAUGAUUUAGAGGAACAAAUUGGGACUUGGAGAGAAAAGUAUGAAAGAUUGUAUGAUUCACACAAGAGAGUACAAAAAUUGAAUCAGGUUCUUGAGGAUAAGUUACUUCAAAUGGUAGAUAAGAUGAAGAGUGAGAAGAGCCAAUUAACUAAAGACGUUGCUACUUUAUCUGUGAGAUUAGCUGAAUCUAAACACAAUUAUAGCAUGCUACAGAAAGAGAAUGAGAGAUAUAAAAAUGAUAUGAAUCUAGCAAUUCAAUUGCUCCAAUGUAAGCCUGAUAACUUUGUAUCUCAAAAGCUAGAUAAUCUCCCUGUAGAUACUCAAGCGAGAGUCUCACAAUAUGUUAUGUCAAAAACACCAAAGGCAAGUGGUUCCAACCAUUCUAAGAAUGGCAAUGAAAUUGACACAUUUGAUGCAAGUGAGUAUGAAUUUAAUAUAUCCGCGUCACUAAUGUCUAAAAUACUUGAAGAUAGCAUCCAAGAUUCAGUAACAAAGCACUGUGACACAUGCACAUGCUCAAAGUCUCAAAGCAAACCAUUCUGCUAUAACGACAGCUACUACACAAUCUCCACACAAACAAUACUAAGUGGGGACUUCAAAAGUACACUUUGUGCUAACUGCAACGCCGAAAUCAAGUCUAUGCACUCAGGGUUCAGUAUUCGGAGCACCUCCCCUGCCGGUAUUACACUUGUAAAUGAAAAAAACAACUUAUAUAUCCUACAACAAAACAAUGAGCCUAGAGACAAUAUAGAAAUAUUGGAAUGUAACAAACCAAAUAAUAUUAUAAAUGACAUGAUCAAAAGUGAAGACAAAAUGAAAUUUGAAGCUCAAAUUCAAAUUGUUAAUAAAGUAGAAGAUGAUUUUAAAAUUAGAAGGAACAGCAUGAAUAUGGAACCGGCGGUUCACCACAAGCUUUGCGAUCGCACAAAGUCUAUUUCUAGCAAGAAAAGUAGUAUUCAUAGUGUAUGUAAUGAAGAGCUGCUCAAAGAUGUUGCAAAGGACAAGCCAAAGAUACCUAUUUCUGCGGAAAGCGUUUCUCUGAGAAAGAAUUCUCAUAGCUCUAUGGGUGGUAUAAGUCGAGCGUCCUCUAUAGCUAAGUCGACAGUUAGUACUCAUAAAUCCAACACGCAAGUAGGCCCUGGACCUAGAUUUUGCCACUUACGAAUGCAAGCGGGUUCUAAAAACAUUUUGCUCGAUAAUGCCGAACCAGAUGUUCCACCUGUUUUAUACAGACGACAAAGUAAAUGCAAUGAAAAUUCCAUAUUUAAAGAUCUUAAUGAGGGCUUAGAUAAUUUUAUAGAUCUAGAAAAAAAUGAUGAUAAUGUCCAAAACGAUGGUAAAGAUACCAUUGUAGUGGAAAGCACUCUCAUAGAUGUUCACGUGGACAAUAAUAAUAAAGAAGCUAGUCCGACCGUUAAGAAUAGUUCGAUUAAUCCAAUACUUUUAAAUGUUUCAUCAUCACCGCUGCAACCCCUCAAAACCCACAACUUUUCAAAUAAUUCUGAGCAUAAUAAUAAUAAUUCUCAAGUAGGCAGCCAAAAAAAUGCCUCUGAAAUUGACAAUUUAUUAAAUGAAUUCAACAUUGACGUUGAUAACCCAACGGACAUUCCGAAUAUUGAAACGGGUAACAAGGAAGAUGUUUUGUCUCCUGCGAACAAUCAUGAAAUAAAAAUUUUUAAUUUCGACCGAUAUGAGCAAAGCAAAGUGUCUCAGUUCACUCGGCCGCUGAAGAAAAUUGACAUGUCUCAUUUCCAUUCUUUAGAAAAUACAAAAAUUUCUAAGGAUCUUCCGCCUUUAUGUGAUGUUGAAAAGAAGCCAGAGAUGAUAAAGCCGUCCCUACCGAAUAUAGUUAACGUUUACCCAAACUUGACGCAGACACACUUAAAAGUAAAUGAAAAUAAAAAAGUAUUCACCAAUGAGCAGAGUACAAGCUCUCUUUCGAGUGAUGAUAGCGCGGCGUUGUUACAAAAACAACAACUUCUUAGAGUAGCCGAGUGGGUCGAAAAGAACUUGGAGCAACAGAAUAAUCUAAACGAUCCUUUAGAAGACGAGUGCACAUUUGCAAAUAGAACUGCGAGAAGGGAUAGUAAAAUAAAUAGGCUAACAGAGACUCUGAACGAGUUGGCGCUCAACAUGCCGCAUCCUGUCAGCAAAUAUUCUAAGUACACCAGAGAGCCAAGAAACAACUGGCCAAAUAAUAGCGUGAAUCAAAACCACGAUAUAACUAAGCCUAGUGUUUCGAAUACGAAAAUCGUAAAUAACGUCGUUAAAGAGACAAUAUUCCCAGUCGAAUAUGGAGACGAAACGGUCACUGAGAUUAAUGAUGCUGCUAAAAGCUUUGCUAAUAUGGACGUUGGGAAGGAACUACGGGACGCGUUAAAGACAAAAGGCGAGAAGGAAAUAUCACCUGAAGAUUUGGCUAGAAUGGAGUAUAAUGUGAAGAAGUUUUUACUCAGCGGACCGUACUGGGCGAAUCCGGCCCCCGCCGGCAGAAGUCGACGUACAAGCAGCAAAACAGAGACUGAUGUU